AUAGGUGGCGGUAAUGAGAAAUUAAUGCAGUUGUUUCGCUAGACACAGAAGAAGAAGAAAAAGCGUAGAAGAAGAAAUCGUAAUACGUUCUUUAGCAACAUGGCAACGGUUCAAGUCAGUGAAGCUGAGAAAGUGUACAUAUUACACGGCAUACGGGAUGAUUUACGAGUGGACGGAAGAGGCUGUGAGGACUACAGACACAUGGAAAUAGAGACCGAUGUGGUGUCCAACACAGACGGAUCCGCUAAAGUCACUUUGGGACACACAGCAGUUCUUGUCGGGGUCAAGGCUGAGAUUGGAAAACCGAGACCCAUGAUCCCAAAUGAGGGUUACCUGGAAUUCUUUGUCGACUGUUCAGCCAAUGCAACACCUGAGUUUGAGGGCAGAGGAGGUGAGGAGCUGGGGACCAAUCUGAGCAACGUUCUCUACAAAGUGUUCAGCAACAAACACAGCUUGGAUCUCCACAGUCUCUCUAUAAGUCCCGGAGAGCACUGUUGGGUGCUGUAUGUGGACGUGCUGCUUCUUCAGUGCGAUGGAAACUUGUACGACGCAAUCUCGAUAGCCAUCAAGGCGGCUCUCUUCAACACAAAAAUUCCCAGAGUAAACAUAACAUCAGAUGACGAAGGAGGAAAAGAGAUUGAGUUGUCUGACGAUCCGUACGACUGCAUGAGAGUCAACGUGGAAAACGUUCCCUGUAUCGUGACGUUGUGUAAGGUCGGCCACAGACACGUGGUGGACGCCACUCUACAAGAGAAGGCCUGCUCCGUGGCGAGCCUCAUAAUCGCCGUCACUCACAACGGAACCAUCACCUGCUCCAGGAAGGUGGGCGGAGGCAGUCUGGAUCCAGAGAGCAUCUUUGAGAUGACGGAGACGGGGAAACGAGUCGGGAAAGCUCUCCACGCUCCGCUCAUGAAGCUGCUGCAGCAGGAGGAAAGUCUGAGCAAGAAGAGAGUGAGAGUAGGCUUUCUUUGUUAAAAGGGCUCUUUUUUUUACUGUAUGUAUAUAAAUGUACACUUAAUUUUCUAUUAAAAUGUUUGGAUUUACA